AUAUGCCUGAAGCAGGACGUGAGUUGACCUGCUUCGUGCUUUAAGCCUUGUUCUGUCUAAAACAAAGCUCAGCAUGGUCCAGCGAAACUAACCAGCGGCCCGGUGUUGUUGGAGAGUCCGAGGCACUCAUCGUGAUGCUUGACUGAAGCACAUUCCUGAAGGAGUUGAGGGCUCCUGUCUUAAGCUUAUGAGAAACCGGCCUGCUCACACCGUGUCCGUCAAGAUGGCCGCCAGCUUUUCAUACCCUCACUGGAACGCCUUGAGACAAGGAUGUGCAUUGCCAUGGUGAUCAUAUACAAGAAAACACUGGAAAAGAAGGGCGCCGAUGAUGUAACAUCUAAAAGUACAGAUUUGGGCCCGUUCCAGGCACAGACCAUGAGCCAGGGGACGACACUUUUCUCUUGUGGACUCAUGGAGACCAGCCGGUGGUGUGAGGUGGGUCACAGCUGUGCCAUUCAGCAGAGGCCAGUUGGGACCAGCCUGGAGAGCCUGUGGGAUGUCCUGCCUGAGGUGCAUAAAAGUUCUGCCCACUGGGACUGGGAUGUCGGCCCCAGUUCGGGCACAAUCACCAGCUUGUUGCAAGACCUCAGCCUGACUGAGGCCGCAUCCUCGCACUCCACUGCACCCCCCAGCAAGCGACAGUGCCGGUCCCUGUCUUGCUCAGAUGAGCUUGGUGGUUGCCGCACUACCUGGCGCCCUCAGGGCUCACGUGUGUGGACGACGGUGGAGAAGCGGAGGUGCCACAGCGGAGGUAGUGUCCAGCGCAGCGGCGUCGGGAACACGCAGCUCGGCUUCCCGACCAUGCAGCGUAGCUCCAGCUUCAGCCUGCCCACCCGCUCUAACACCCUGGAGCUGCCUUGCUUCACUCAGCGUCUCCCGUGCCCCUCAGCCUUCACCGGCUUGACACCGUCCUCCUCCGUGCCCCUGUCCUCUGAGCCCUCGGCGCAGCCCCUCUACCUCUCUCACGAACAGAUCUGCCUCCCUGAGCCACGUGGGCCCUCGCCACCCAGCUCCCCUGACUCCACUCCAGAGGUGGAGCGCCGUGGUGGACAGGGGGGUCUCGCCCGUAGCCGCUCACAGCCUUGCGUCCUCAAUGACAAGAAGAUCGGUGUGAAGCGCAGAAGACCAGCUGACUCACACAAACAAAGGCCUUCUUUGGACCUGGCCAAGAUGACCCAGAAACUUAGGAAUUUCCACAGCCUUAGCUGCCCUGGAAUCACAGGCGAAGACGGCUGUGUGUCAAACCAGGCCUUCCUUACUCUCAGGAGCACUGAUCAGUGCAACACAGACGAAUCAUCUGCAAACGAACACAGCUUGGAGGACAUUGAGCCUCAAACCAAAGAGGGCGACAUCAACAGGAACGUGUCAUCAGAUCCCACCAUCGAGGAGGCGGACUGGAACUCCACAGACUGUGGCGAUGCGACGCCAGGGAUGACCAAUGGAAAGGACAAUGAGCCUCUGUGGGUGGGGCUUUGUAGCAUGAGGAGGGACGUGUAUCAGCUUGGAGGUGAGCUCGACAUUGAGCAGAUUGAGAGAAAUUGAGUUGGACUAUCUUCCUCGUGACGGGUGGGGAAGCUAAUUUAGGGGAGUAAAAGUUUAUCACCAGGUGGUACAGUAAACAGUACUGAUAGUCUUAAGGACAAAGCAAGUGGAAAAGCUAAUGCAAUGAGCGUUCCAGCACUUGUCUUGUUUUUUUGUUUUUUUUUUCUCCUCAUGAGGUGGAACAGGAGCGUUGUGGGCUAAAAAGCCCAUUUUUGGGGACUUUGUGUAGUCUGAAGAUACUUCUGCACUGUGCAGUAUCUCAACUGUGUCUCAGGAGAACAAGGAAGUCAAGGAGGACUGAUUCUGGUGGUGAUAAUCAAACUGAUAAAUAGAAAAAUGAUAUAGUAAUGUUGGCUCAGAGACUGGGGUCUUUAACAUUUCUGUGUAACCCUGAUUACCAUUAUUGUACUACAUUUGGAGAGAAUUCACAGCAGGUUUGUAUAAAUUCUCUGCACUAGAACGCGUCCGUUCCUCUGACCUUCUUUUAAUCUUACUUUGGGUACAUGACGGACAUCAAUGGAGACUACUUCCAGAGCUACUGUUAAUAAACCCCCUUUCACUCUUACUGAGCAACAAGCUGCACGCACACACAAUCUGAAAAGCAUAUUGAAGAGCUUAACAUUUCACACAGUAACAUCAGGCUUCCUACUGAGAUCUAUGCUCCUGUUUGUUUGAAAAAAACUUUGUGAUGCUAAUAGCGUUAAUAUUCUUUCUUUUUACGAUUUGUAUCUACAAAGUAAUGUAAAACAUGAGCAUAUUUCUAUACAAAUAAACUGUUUUAAAUGUG